UGACUUGGUCCCUCCUCCCACGAGCUGUCAGAGCAGCUUGUUGCACGACCAGCUUUUUGGUAAACUAACUAACUUGGGUUUGGCGUGAAAACGCAAACCACUUGCCUGACAAACCGCGUUUUCGCCUGGACCGACGAGAAUGUUCGCUUCGGUUGUAAAGCAAGCCUUAGUUCUGUUGACUUAACGAGUCAUUUUCAUCAGCGAGGCAGUUUCCAUCGAGCUCUGCUUUUGCCGUCUGCGUGAUUUGUGGUCAAGAACACGGCAGCGGCUGGUCAUGGUAACCAGAUCCCGAACAGAAGAAAGUGCCUUCUCUAACGACGUUUCUACUUGAAGCUGCUCACCGUUCCCAUCCUAAACUGUAAACAACACUGGCUUGGCCACCAUUAAGAUCUCCAUUCCCUUUAGACUUGCCAAAGCACAAGGAACUGACACGCUCUUUCCAUUAUUAGAUAUCGUUUCAAGGAAAGCCAUUGCCUUCAGAUAGAGUCAUCCGCAACCGUCUGGCUCAAGAACGUUUGGAGACCUGGAGCAUGUUCUUAUUGUCGCGCCAGUGUUGUGCACCUGGGACUAAAUGACUGAUGAACAACUUGGCAGAGAUUGACAGCUUCACUGAUAGCGGGCAUCUCCAAUGCGACAGCCACGGGGGCUCUGAAUGUGACAUCUCUAUUUAAAGGGCCUCGCCAAACAAACUGAGACCAACCUCAAAAGUACAGCAACACACAAACGCGCAGACUAUUUCAACCCAAAUCAACAGACAACAUUCACAACACAACUAUGGCUUUAAACAUCGCAUCGAUACGAGACACAAAAUGGCUGACUCUGGAGGUGUGCCGGCAGUUUCAGAGAGGGACGUGUUCGCGCAGCGACGAGGAAUGCAAAUUCGCACAUCCGCCCAAAAGCUGCCAGGUGGAGAACGGACGGGUGAUCGCCUGCUUCGACUCGCUGAAGGGUCGGUGUACGAGAGAAAACUGCAAGUACCUUCAUCCACCGGCACAUCUGAAGACGCAGCUGGAAAUCAACGGACGCAACAACCUCAUCCAGCAGAAGACGGCGGCAGCCAUGCUGGCACAGCAGAUGCAGUUCAUGAUCCCUGGCACCACCAUGCAACCAGUGCCUACAUUUCCUGUGAGUCAAGGUCUGGGCUCGAACCCAGGUCUGAGUUACGCGCCGUAUCUGACUCCCAUGAGCCACGGCAUGGGUCUGGUCCCCACAGAGAUGCUCCCCAGCACCCCAGUCAUCGUCCCGGGCAGUCCUCCAGUCAGCGUGCCCAGCUCGUCCUCCACGCAGAAACUACUGCGCACAGACAAGCUGGAGGUGUGCCGUGAGUUUCAGCGGGGUAACUGCGCGCGCGGCGAGACCGACUGCCGCUUCGCCCAUCCUAGCGACAGCCCGAUGAUCGACACGAGCGACAACACGGUCACGGUGUGCAUGGACUACAUCAAGAGCCGCUGCUCACGCGAGAAGUGCAAGUAUUUCCACCCUCCAGCGCACCUGCAGGCCAAGAUCAAAGCAGCGCAGCAUCAGGCCAACCAGACCGCCGUCGCAGCGCAGGCCGCCGCUGCAGCCAUGACUCAGUCGACUGCCAAAGCAAUGAAGCGACCCCUCGAGGCAUCUGUAGAUCUGGCGUUUCCGCAUGGAGUCCUGCAGCCCCUACCAAAGAGACCAGCACUAGAAAAGAGUAACGGGGCCAGCACGCUCUUCAACCCCAGUGUCUUGCACUACCAACAGGCUUUGGCCAGCGCACAGCUUCAGCAGCCCACCGCUGCGUUCUUUCCCACAGGGUCAGUUCUGUGCAUGGCUCCUGCUAGCAGCAUUGUACCCAUGAUGUACAGUGCUACGCCUGCUACUGUCUCUGCAGCAACAACUCCUGCCACAAGUGUCCCCUACGCAACAACAGCACCAGCCAAUCAGAUCAUCUUGAAGUAAAUCACCGAAGAGGAACGGGGUGUCAGGAAGCUGCUCUGAGAAACCCAAAAAGAUCCCCGUGUAAAUACGACCUGCCCUCCCCUUUAGAACUACAGCAACCUGCAUGCUAAAGCGAAAUACAAUAGCAAGCCACUACAACACACACACUCACACACACAUCUGUUAUGCUCAGAAAAGUGAUUUAACUGGUUACUUAAAAGAUGUAAAAAAAAAAGAGACAAGAAAUAUAUAUAUAUAUAUAUAUAUACAUACAUAUGUAUAUAUAUGUAUAGAUGAACAUGUUAAUGUACAGCACGUUUCAUAGAGGUAUAAGUGAGCUUCAUCUGAAUGAUCGGUCACCUGUCAGAUAAUGUGUAUUUUUCUCCCAUGUUUGAAAUGAAAUGCACAAUGAGUGGGCGACAAAACACACACACAUAUAUAUAUAUAUAUAUAUAUAUAUAUAUAUAUAUACACACACACACACACACACUUGGUUUGCACUGUCAGAAAUAGUGCUUAAUAUUAAGUGCUUGAUUGUCUUGAACGGGAGGACGUCUCCUGAAGAGUUUGUCUUAAACAUCCCCAUGCACCCUCCGGAUAGGGGAAAGAGGGAUCGCUUGAGUUUUCUUUUUUUAAUUUCUCUUCAAUACUCAAAACCAACACCGAAUGUCACAUGGCGGACAAACAGAAGAUUGUCUACUGGUCAAAAAAAUUGUUAAAAACUUCCUCGAGUUCCUCCUCCUUGGACUUGAGCCGAAGCGGGAACGAUUGGAUUCGCUGUUCUUCAUCGGCCAAAGAAAGGUUUACAACCGACACCAAGCUCAAAACAGUCAGUGUCAGAAGUGCGAAUGUGGCAAACCACGUGCCAUGCAAACACGUUUUUGUCUGCGUCUCUCUGCUAAAGGACUGCUUUUCUUUUGUUUUUAAAUGGACGGUGAAUGAAUUCGAUGUGUCUGUGGAAACACUGGCCAUCAGGGAGUCGACUCUGGCUUCUAUCCCGUGCCAAGGGCUUACAUUAAACUGGAGAGCUGCUGUAAAAAAAAAAAGACUCAUACUCUGAAACGGACUUCUCCAAUUUGUACAGGACCUCGUGGUCCUGAUCACAUGGUGCCCAGUGAGUGGAUAAUGCGACGAUUGGAAGGAGGAGGCGCGAAACGUUGCAGUAGACGAUCUUUGACAUGUUCUGAAUGGAGGGCGCUACGCUCUCGCCGAUAAUCCUGUUUUAUUUGAUAAACAGUAGAAGUGCCUAAAAUAUAUAUUUUACACAGCGAGCAUCUUGAGAAGAUGACUUUAUGUAGGGUUGGGGGUUGUAAAACACAAAAACAAAGCUCCCGAAAGGAUCUCGGCUAGAAAAGAGACACACACACACACAAAAGAGCAUUUCAUGCACAUCACUGUCUGUUUCAUUACACAACAUCGAUGUUGCUAGAAAUCGGAAAGGCAGAAUGUUAGUCGUGGACAGUGGAAAUGUAAGGAAACUUCGUCAGGGUGAGCUCAAUGUCUGUAACGUGUGACGUUUUGAAUUUGGACUGUCAUAGCGGUGUGUUCCUAAGCAGUUUUGUUGUUGAAUCGUUAACAACUCAUCUGUCGUUUUCUUACUAUAUAACAUCUAACAGUUUAGUUUGUAUUAUUAUUAUUAUUUACACGUUGUUUUAACCUGGAAUAAGUGCACACGGCCUUCUCAUCCUCCCUGAUUUCUGAUGGGCGUGUGUUUGUGCGUGCAUGAAUGCAUGGAGUGUGUUCGCGAUCCAAUCAGAACCAUCAUGUGUUUUCAUGGUGCUCGAUAAACACAGACAAUCCACUAAGAGACGUUUGGUUUGGCUUGGCAGGAAAAAAACGGCACUGGUCUUAGCAUUUUCUCUUUAAAUUCACCUUGUGUUGGGGCAAAAGUUACAGUUUUAAUGUAAUUUUUGAAGUGGAACGUGAUUUAAAUAUUUUUAUCGUCAUAUUCUGUUCAUCCUAUUUUUCGUUUUGUUGAAUACUAGAACACAGAACAAUGGUGUAACCUAUUUUAAAAAUGAAUGUAAUUUAUUAAGCCGGGCUUAGCUAUGCGCGUUUGUCCACGAAGACGGCGGCUUCGGCCAAAAUCAGGAGAUCUCUCAUUCGGGACGUCGCGUUGUAGCGCAAGCGAGGCUAUAGAACUGCUUGUGUUAUGUACAAAUGUUUAUUGUAUAGGUAAUGUUUUACCAAAAAAAAAAAGCAUAAAAACAAAACACAAAAAAAAAAUAAACACAUAAAAAAAUAAACACAAUUUUCCGUAGUAUGAUAGUUCUUUCUUAAUAAUAUUAAGUUGUUGCUGUGGCAACCUAAAGUUGCGGAUACUAAAUUUUGGUAUUUUUGUAAAUGACGUAAUUGUUAAGUUGAUUCUUUCGUUCGUUCUUUGAUUUGAUUUGAUUUGUUUUUUUCCUAGAGCACUGUAAAACGUUAGAUUGUAAAGCAGAUAUUGGAACAUUUCCUAUUUUAUGUCAAGAUUAUAUUACCAAGAGAUUUUUCGGUAGCAUUUAAUGGCCUCCUUAUCGGUGUAACAUUUAAGAUAGUAGUAAAUACUCACCAGUUACAAUAGCGUGACGUAACUUAAGAAACUACUAGUGUUCGGUGCCCCCUUUUAGAUUGACAAAGGAUCUCAAGUACUUUUUUUUAUAUCUAUAUAUAUAACUAUAUAUAUAUAUAUAUAUAUUAUUUAUGAAAGUUGUCCUGGUUUGUUCAACAAAUAAACGAGUUGCACUUUGAUUUCAUGUAACUGUAGGAUGUUCAUUUCAAACCGAUGCACAAUGAAUAUGGUAUGGCAACAACACAAAUCAAUGACGGUUGUUUCUAAUUGCUUUCGUUUAACCAGAACUCAAUAUUCAGUACGCAUCUUGCAUGGUAUUUUAUGUCAAAUUUAAGAACUUAUUUUCAAUUUAACCUGAGAAAAGUUACAAAAAAAAAAUUUAAAUAUAUUGAAUGUUUCUGUCUACACUAUAGGAAAUAAUUAAAAAAAGAUAUCUGCACAUGUGAUUAAAGUAACGAUUGUCCUGGAUUUGGGAUUUCUAACACCCUAUGAGAAUAGAGAGAGAGAGAGACUAAAUAAACUCUAGUUGACUGAUGGUGAAAAAGCACUUUGGAAUCAGUUGAUAAACUGAGCAGACACAGCGUAUCCAAACACUUUGCCUUACCUUUAGUCCAUCGUUUAUAAGCUUUUGUGUUUCAGAGCUAUUAAUAUGUACUAGGGUGUCAACAGGUCUCACCUCCAUUUAUAUAUAUAUAUGACUAUUCUAUACCUAUAACUAUAAGACAUGUAAGAGUUUUUGUAUGAUGAUUAUUAUUAUUAUUUUAAAGCAUUGUCACUGAGAGGCCCGGUGGUGUUGAUGCUUUUUCAAUGCUCUUUCCUGAUUGUGACGAAACGCCACGGCGUUCGCUGGGGGAUUGUGGGAUUUUACGCUGUUCUGCUUGACUUCCAUCAGUAAUGCAGUAGCCCAUCCAUACACACACACACAUACACACACAUUCACAAGAGAUAUACCAGAAGAAAAAUGAUAAACCAAGCCCUCUUUGGAUGAUAUUAGUUUUCAUGUAACCAUUUUAAAUGUUUUAUUUGUGCAUAUAUAUUAUGUGCUAUUUUAUGUCAUAUAGUCAAAUGUUUUUGGUUCCAGAAAAAUAGUGUAAAAUCUAUUGAGACAAAAUGAAUAAAGAAAGAAAAAACAGGA